AUGUCAAGCUCAUGGAGAACAUUUAAAACACUUCAUCGAACCUUUAAACCAAUCCAAAAACCUUCAAUCAACAAAACUCAAUUCUCAACCCAAACCAUUUUCAAGCAAACACCAAUCAACAAACCAUUUAAAAAACCUAAAUUACAAUUACCUACAAUUAUUCUUACUGGAAGUUUGACUGGAAUUUUAUUACUUUGGAUUAAUUUAAAAACUUCAAAUCCAAUCUCAAAUGAAGAAUUUCAAAAAGUUUUACAACAAGAUAAUGAAUCCGGUCUAACAAACACACCACAAUCCACGAAAUCGAAUACAACUUAUCCUGAGAGUAAUGUGUUUAUAUGGGGUUCUAAUAGAAAUGGGAUUCCUGCUCCUGGUUCUGAUACAGAGAUCAUAAAGAAACCGAUCCCAUUACCUUUUUUUCAAGAAGAAGCUUUACGUGACUUAGUUCUACAUGAGAAAUAUGCAGUGGCAGUCGAUUCUCGUGGUGAUCUUUAUCAAUGGGGAUCUCAAACUCCUUCAAACCAAACAUUAAAACCAACCAACAUCUUAUCAAAUCAUGAUAUAAAACAAAUCGCAUGCACUUCUUAUAAAAUCUAUGCAUUAUCCAAAUCAGGAAAAGUUUAUAUAAUCCCAUCAGGUACAAAAGAAACUAGCACACAUGAUCAAACUUUAAAUAAACAGAAUAGAUCAUGGUGGCCUUGGUGGUUAGGAGGUUCAAAUGAUUCUAAAUCUCAACUUGUUUGUUUAAAGAUCGAUUCUGAAGAAAAUCAAUUAUCUUGGAGAGAAAAGUUUACUUCGAUUUCGGCUGGUGAUCAUCAUUUACUUGCUAUUACAUCAAAAGGAAGAACGUUUGCUUCAGCUGUUGAUCUUCAAGCAAACUCGCAUGGUCAAUUAGGCCUAAAGCAAGUCAAGCUUAAUAAGAUCUCUCAGCAAUCUUGUCUUGUACCUCUCAAUCCUCUAGCAAUUAGUGAUACUGUCAGCAAACCGAUCAACCCUUUAACCCCUCAAUUACCAUGGCUGCCAGACGAUCCUUUGAGGAAGAAUUCGAAACCUGAAGUUCCAGUCUCCAAAGUUACCCCACUUGAAUCAACGAUUGCUGAUCUAGGAAUAGAGCCAGAACAUGACAUCAACUUUUGUACCACAUUACACGAGAUCCCAGCACUCCGUCAAUUAAACAUAGUCCAAAUCGCCUGUGGCUCAUCACAUUCACUCGUCCGUACUGCAACUGGUGACGUACUAGCAUAUGGUUCUAACCUAUACGGACAAUUAGCCGCAGGAGCCAGUCUACUUUUUCCAGCAUUACCAGCCCCAACGGAAGUGGAUAUGCCAAGAUCGAAAGAUUAUUCAAGGAAAUGUAUCGGAUUGGCAGCAGCUGGAGACACAAGUUAUUUAGUCACUGAAAAAGAAGAUGUCAAACUUCAUAGAAAGACUAUCGAAGUCUUGGCAGCUGGGUAUGGUCAAUUUGGUGGGGUUGGGAAUGGACAAUGGAAUCAUCAAGCUAGUCCUGUGAAAGUUAAAACUAUUAGCGGAUUGAUGGAAUGGGGACAUAAUGUUGAUUAUCAACUUGGAAAUCGUAAAAGAGCAAAUCUAUCAAUUCCUCAACACAUUUCACCAUUACCGAAGAUUCCAAAAGAUGAAAGUCGAUCCAAAGCAAUGACAACCGAAAUCGAAAGUGGUACAAGUUCUCCUAUGCCUCAUCAUAGAUUACAAUUAAAUCCUAAAAAGAAAAUCGCAAGGAAAGAUGCAGAAGAAACGGUUGUUGCUGGAUGGGAUACCACUGCGGUUUAUUGGCGAUUGAUUCAGUAG